CAAAUUUCAAGAUGGAGGACGUUGAAAUGAAAAAUGAAGAAAACACUGAAACUUGGCUUGUUAAUCGUGCAAGACAAUGUUUAACUACAGAUCCAUAUGCUUCCAAAGCAUGGCUCCUUACUGCUAGAACGCUCUUUCCGAAAAACUUCUCAAUACAGUUUGAGGCUUAUGGCAUUGCAAAGGCUGAACAAGACACAAAGGAAGCAGCGAGGCUUUUGGAAGAAAUGUUUACAGAGUUUCCAGACAAGGAAAAGCUUGCCUGUGAACUACAAAGUAUUUCUAAUGCAGUGCAAUGUAAAACUCAAGAAAAUCAAUUUCUUAAAGGUGUGUUUGAAAAUAUUCCACCAGAAAUGCAAAGUAAGAUGUUGUUGAAGAUCGGAGAACAGAACAAGGACAUCAUAGAACAAGCACGCCUCAUGGUCCUUGUGUUGAACACAUUUCCCCAUCUUAUACAGCAACAUGGGUUGAAGCUGGUGGAUAGUCUACUGUUUACAGAGAAACAUGCCCACCUCCAUUCAUCUAUAAACUGCUAUAGGAAAUAUUUAGUGUGUGACAUCAUGCCUAUAAUACUUCGGUACCAGAAACUUGAUGCCCCUGUUAAACACAUACAGAAAUGGCUCCAGAAGUCUAUAGAGUUCUACAUCAGCUAUAUAGCCCAACCCCCAUCCAAAGAUAUUAAUACACCAAUGUUGAAGAGUCCUGAUCUGAUGUCUCCUACUAAAACAUCAUUUGCAGCUGGCUCAUUUAAAAAGCUAGGCAUAAUCCCAGGUCUAACAGAGAGUGAGAGCGUAAUUGCAACACCCUGGAACAGCCUCUUUGAGCUGCUUGAACUCUUUGGUCAGAAACUUGGUUGGAACAUAGGCAACUUGUACAGACUUAAAAGUCGGGAGGCUCAAUGGCAACAUCUGGUUGCUAUGCAACAGAGAGGUGAUACAAAAGAGACUGUUUACUGUGGAAGUGUUCUUUUCCUAGAGUGUCUUAUAUUACAUGCUAGCAGGGUUGAAUCAGAUCAGUUUGCAGCGACUAGCAGUGGCCCAGGUCUCCAUCCCCCACUGGUUCUCGUGGAGACAUGCUCCAGAAACACAUCUUCAACAUCAUCAGAGCCUAAGUCAAAGAAGAUGAAACUUGAUGCUGGGGCCAGCAUCCACAUAAGUAAGACAGUCCCUGCAUCAUUGGAGGUGGUCCAGAACUUCACCACUGCAUUUAGAUGUUGGCAGCUUCUACACUCUAAAGAAUCUCUAGAAAAAGAAUUGACCAAGCUUUUACACUAUUGGAAGUCUGAAAACUGGCCGUGGCUGAGUAAUUUUGAAACGGACUGCCACCUAUACCAGGGAGAGUACAGAGAAGCUAUAGCCAAAUUAGAAAAUAUAAAGAAGUCCAAUGCCAACUUCUCUGUUCUUCGUGCUGAUUUACAACUGGCGUCAUGUUAUUACUGUAUGGGCACAUAUUCGAAAGCCUGUGAAAUGUUACUAAAUGUCAUUGAGUCGCUACCCCAUGUUACUGAUUCCAACCAAUCACAGGAGGAGAUUUCGCCAGGAUCGUCUCACCAGUUGCAACUUUUGUCGUGCACAGAAAGUGAUAUUCUUCCCUACUGCAUCAAGCUUAUCAUCAACUGUUUGAAGGAAAAAGCUUUUGGGCAUAUUGAGACAGAUGACACAGCAGCAGGUCACAUGAUGGUGUUGCUGCAAUAUGAUUGGCCAAAAUAUGAGAGCCUCUUUUCAAGUGCUAUCAAGGUGAUCAAAGAGAAGGGAAUAUUCUCAUACAACUUAUUCUUCAACUAUUUUAUAAAUAUUGAUAUGCUAGAAGAGUUCACUUGGCUGAAAACCCAAGAUGGCGGCAAGGUGAACUUGAAUGUACUUCCUGUUAAUGUGCAGACAGCAAUUCCACAAAGGACAGUCACAAGAGGCCAACAAAAAGGAGUAAAAGAGGACUUCAAAAUACACAUGGAAAAACAAGUCCGAAGAACUAAUGAAAAUGUGGAGCAAUUGAUCAGACAAUUUUUGACAGAACAAAAACAAAAUUUACGAUUGUGUUUGAUCUAGAAGGAUUUUUUAUUGAAUCUAGAUGAAAGUGAACUGGUUGAACAGUAUACCUUUACCUUCAUAACUACGAGUUGAGGUUUGAAGCUUUUCCAUAUUAACUUGGUAAAAUAAAUGAUGUGCACUAAAAAAUACUUGUUUGUUCUUACUUAAAGGGGCAAGCUAAAUAUCAAUGCAAAGUUUUUUAUACCACCAUCAUAUUGUUAUAGCUUCCAACCUUUUUUGUGGACAGUGU